AUGCAUAUCCUGGUUACCAAUGAUGACGGGCCUCCGUCCAACCUGUCGUCGCCCCAUGUGCACUCCCUCGUCCAGAAACUCCAAGCCGCCGGUCACACGGUCUCGGUCAUCCUGCCGCACCAGCAGCGAUCAUGGAUCGGCAAGGCCCAUAUGAUUGGAGCAUCUGUCAAGCCAACCUACUUCCGCCCAGGAACUCUACACAAAGAUGACGGCACCGUACACCAUCUGCCGCGGGCAGCGACGGUGAGCCCGACGACGGGGGCGACGAAUGGAUCCUGGAACGGGGGCCCCAUCGACUUGGUUGUGUCAGGACCGAAUUAUGGGCGGAACACGACCGCGCUGUUCGCCUUGUCAAGUGGAACCAUCGGUGCCGCCAUGGAAGCCGCUGUCUGUGGCAAGCGCUCUAUCGCGUUGUCCUUCGCCUACAGCUCUCGUGACAAUGACCCCGACGUCAUUGCCGAGGCAUCGAUCCACUCUGUGCGUCUGAUUGAGUAUCUUUAUGCCAAUUGGGCUCCCGACGUGGAUCUCUACAAUGUGAACGUUCCGCUUGAGCCUGGCGUGAGCAAGAACAAGGUCCUCUACACUGAUAUGCUGAUCAACAAGUGGAAGUCUGGAAGCUGUUUUCAGGCAGUAGAGCCGACGGUGGGUGGAGACGCGGAGCUUGAUGAGCAGCGCUUGCGCAUCCACGAGGCAGUCGGUGACAAUGUGAAGGUGGACGAAUCGGCUGUGCGAAAGGGCGGUGCUUCGACGGAAGGAAAAUCCCGAUUUCAACACAAGCACUUCAAGUGGGCACCUAAUCUCAAGGAUGUGUACCAAAGUGUCGAGGAGAGUACACCAGGAAAUGACGGCUGGGCCGUGAAGAAUGAGAUUACUAGCGUCACGCCUUUGAAAGCGAGCUUUAUGCAUGCACCCGGCUUUACGGGGGGAGAUCCAGCUCCUACGAUAUACUCCAUUGUCGACUGUGACGAUCCCUAUGUUCAAGAUCUCGUGGACCGAGCAUUGAAUCGACGCAUGGGUGAUAGUAUCCGACCCCAGCGCAUUUCAUCCGUCUCAGAUCUGCCGAACUCGUCAGCACCUUUGUUCCAAUACCGGGAGUACGAACGAUUAGACUUCGAACACGCGUUGUCGGAAUCGUCAACAUCCCUCGUAAGCGCAUACAUCAUCCGGAAAGCUCUCAUUCGCAAACACUAUCUCUCAAACACAGUCGCCAACUGGAUAUCAAAGCACCCCGAUAGUGUUUUAAAACACCAUUUCAAACCGGCAUUCGACUUCGAACUAGACUACGCAGAGUUCCUCGACGAGGCCCUUCUUGAAGCCUACGAACUCAACGAAAGUCUCCAGAAGAACGAAGAACGCGCGGAGUCCGAAAAAGAAUGGUGGAUUCUCAAACCAGGCAUGAGCGACCGUGGCCAAGGAAUCCGACUUUUCAACAGUGAAGACCAACUGCGCGAGAUCUUUGAAGAAUGGGAAGAAGACUCUGAUGACGAGAGCGGAUCCGAGAAACCGGAAGACGAAGAAAAGCUUGAGGUCUCCGCCGCUCACGAUGCCGGCGUGGUCACCUCCCAGCUCCGCCACUUCCUUGCACAGCCCUACAUUGACCCCCCCGCUGCUUCUGCCUUCUUCUUCAAACCGGAAAUUCCACAUUCGCACAUGCUCGCCCUCUUCGCCGCGAAGCCCUAUUGUGCUCCACACGAGGAGGACGACGAAGUCAAGGAUCUCGCGCGCCAUCUUACCAAUACCUGUUUCCAGGAGGGCGGUAGCUCGAACGAGGGCAGUGUGCGCCGUUUCUGGGACCUGGAUCAUCAUGUUCCCGGGUUGGCGGAUGACUGGAAAGAGCAGAUUUUCUCGCAGAUCUGUGCGACGCUCCCGAAUGCAUUUGAGCUGUUCGGCGUCGACUUUUUGGUUGAUAGUAGUGGGAAUGCGUGGCUGCUGGAGAUGAACGCCUACCCUGAUUUUGGGCAAACUGGAGAGGCUUUGAAGGAGGUUGUUGUUGGGCGCUUGUUUGAGGAGACCAUCGAUGUUGCUGUGAAGCCAUUUUUUGGUCUGGGGGGGGCCUGA